AUGAAAAUUCUGGUGUGUGGAGAUGUGGAGGGUCAUUUCAAGCAACUGUUUACCAGAGUCCAGAGCAUCCUCUCCAAGAACAAAGACUUUGAGCUGCUGUUGUGUGUUGGAUCUUUCUUUAGCUCUGACUGCCAGGAGGAGUGGAGUAAGUAUCGGGAGGGGGUGGAAACAGUGCCUCUACCGACGUUCAUCCUUGGCCCGUGUUGGACUGAGCAUGGCCAGUUCUAUGGAGACUUGUCACGUGAUGGAGGAGAGCUUUGCCCCAAUGUCACAUGUCUAGGUCAGCGUGGAGUGUACAGUGUGUCCAGUGGUCUGAGGGUGGCCUAUCUCAGUGGGAGCUACCAGGGGAGGACCUAUCAGCAUCAAGACAAGGGAGAUAAUAUAUUGGUCAGUUCUCUUCCCAAUCACCUGGACAAGUUGUUGAACUAGUUUUUGUUUCUCCCUCUAGCGACCAUAUUUCACUGACUCUGAUGUGUCCUGGC